UGUAAAAAAAAACAAAAAGUUGUGAUACUGACCAAUACUGACGUUUGACGUUAAUGUUAGUGAUUAUAAAUUUUUUAAAUCUUUGGUGUAUGUCCGUUCUUUGUGAAAUAACUUGCUGAAUGUAAAAAUUUAUAUAUUUUAUUUAUGUAUAGCGUUGAGCCAUAUACAUAGGUAGUUCACUAUUUGAUAUAUUUUUGCCUGCAGUUCAUGUAAAACUAAUAAGCACAGUUUCAGGAUGUCUUCAAAAAAUUCGGAAGAGAAGAAAGAAGAUCCAAAACCUGUUGUACCUGGAGCAUCCAGUGACAGUACUGUUGGAAUGAGUAUGGAACAUCUACGUAGAUAUCUAGCAGAAAAAUUAGGUUUCUAUGAUGAUGAUGACGAAAGUGAGGCCGAAAAACCAAAGGUGUUAGAUGAAGUAAAUAUAGAUGGAAUUGUGGAUUAUAUAAAGAAGAAAAAUUGUAAAAAUAUAAUAACUAUGGCAGGUGCUGGAAUUUCAACAUCUGCUGGAAUUCCUGAUUUUCGCUCUCCAGGCACAGGCUUGUACCACAAUUUACAAAAAUACAAAUUGCCUCAUCCUCAGGCCAUUUUUGAAUUAGAUUUUUUUAGAGAGAAUCCAAGACCUUUCUUUGAAUUAGGUAAGGAAUUGUAUCCAGGUACUUUCAAACCCACCGUUUGUCAUUAUUUUAUUAAAAUGCUCGAAGAUAAAGGUCACUUAUUGAGACAUUAUACUCAAAACAUUGACACUUUGGAAAGAGUGGCAGGGGUACCCGACGGCAAAUUGGUAGAGGCACACGGCACUUUUCAUACUGGUCAUUGCAUGCAGUGUAGGAUGGAGUAUACUCAGCAGUGGAUGAAAGAACGUAUUUUUAAAGACGACAUUCCGAUAUGCGAAGAAUGUCCUGGUGUUGUAAAACCCGAUAUUGUAUUUUUUGGAGAAAAUUUACCAGAAAAAUUUCAUAAGCUUCUACAUACUGAUUUUGCAAAAUGCGACCUGCUUAUAAUUCUGGGGUCUUCCCUGGCUGUGCAACCCUUUGCAUCACUGGUCGACAGGGCUCCGCAUCAUAUUCCAAGGCUGCUUAUAAACAGGGAAAAGGCAGGUCAUCGAACGGGCAUUAUGGCUAUGAUGGGCAUCGGUGGAGGUCUGGAUUUUGAUGGUAAAGACAAUACGAGAGAUGUGGUAUGGCUAGGAGACUGUGAUGAAGGGUGUCAAUUAUUAGCUGAUAAAUUAGGAUGGGGGGAUGAAUUGAGAGAAUUGUGUAAAAACGAACAUGAGAAAAUCGACAAAGCCGAAAAAGAUAAUUCGGUGUCAAGCAAAAAAGAAAAGGAAGGGCAUAGUCCUGCUAAGGAAGAACAGAGUCCUAAAUUAUAAGAUAUUCUGUUUUACAUUUCAACUCAUUAGAAUAUAGAUAAGGGGUUAAAUAUUUUUAU